AUGGAGUGUGGUCGUUGCUGCAGCAGCAGCAGCAGCAGCAGCAGCAGCAACAGCAGCAGCAGCAGCAGCAGCAGGAGCAACAGCAGCAGGAGCAACAGCAGUAGCGGCAGCAGGAGCAGGAGCAACAGCAGUAGCAGCAGCAGUAGCACAGCAGCAGCAGUAGCAGCAGCAGGAGCAACAGCAGUAGCAGCAGCAGCAACAGCAGCACAGCAGCAGCAGCAGCAGCAGCAAUACACAAAGAAACGACGGGAAAUAGAUUCGGGCGUAUAA